UCCAAUGGUUGUACCAAAGAUUUGUUAGCGAGUAUUCUCUGAUUAUCGACACGUGCCGUGCUCGAAUGGUGAAGAAGAGUUCUGUUCGUCUCGCGGCGAUCUUUGAUUUCGAGCCUCAUUGGAGCACUUCGAAAGCCAAAAAAACCUUGGAUGCGCUCGAGCCAAUCAGAGAGCAUGUCCUUGAGAUCAGCCGGGGAGGCGGCCUGGUCGGGGUCAUUGCUGCUGAUGCGCAUGUCCAUUUGGACUCCGCCCCACGACCCGACUGUGCUCUAUGCUUUGUUAGAUGUAUUCUGUUGGUUGCCAGAUGGGAAAUCUUACUUAGUUCGCAGAUAGCUUCAAUGACAACAAGUGCUACGUUUAAGAAAAGCAAAAUUGGAAGUUCCGGCAGCGAGGUCCACUUGGUGCCCAGAUUGGCUUUUAGCUGAUAUCGACCAAUUACACUGUUAAUAUAUC